CCUGCAGGACGGCAGAGGUGGCCGAUGUCUUGUUCCUCGUGGGGCAGUCACAGGCCACAGGAAGGGAGAGCUCCUGGCUGGUCAAGGACUUCAUCAGCAGCAUGGCCCGUUCCUUUGAGAACAUGGUGAUGGGCAAAGGAGGCAUCCGGCUGGCAGUGGCACUCUACGAGGAGAAACCAAGCAUGAGUAUUGAGCUCACGGAUUAUGUGACCAUCGAAGAAAUGCUGGUGGCAGUUCAGGAUCUCUCCCUCAAAGGAGGCAGCUUAAAAACAGGAUCAGCCCUGGCGUUUGCCGCUCAUGCCAUGUCUCGCCUGGACACGCUGCGAGAGGAUGCAGCAAAGAGAGUGGCAGUCUAUGUGAUCCACACUAUCAACAUGGUGGUUGUUUUGAUCACGGAUGGGAAAUCCAGCGACUCAGUUGAAGAUGAAGCCCGGGUCCUGCAGGACGGGGGGGUGACAGUGUUUGCUGUAGGAAUUAAGGAUGCUGACAAGAAUGAACUGAACAAGAUAGCUUCAGAGCCCACUGUUGAGCAUGUGCUUUACGUUGAAGAUUUCCACCUUCUCCACAGCGUGGCACCCAAACUUUCUCGAAGGCUUUGUUUCACUGCCUCAGAGCCACCACGACCCAUCAAACAGACAGUGCAAGCUGAAAAGGUCAUCGGCCCCCAGGAUUUGUACAUCAGCGAGCACAGCCACAGCUCGCUAAGACUCACAUGGAUGCCAGCCACAGGGAGGGUGACCGGGUACCGUGUCCAUCUGCACCCCUUGCUCCCUUCAGGGCUGCCGGUUUCGGAGGACCAGCGGCAGAUUGUGGUGGAUGGUGACAAAAGUACCGUGCUGGUGACUGAUCUGAAACCCAACACCAAGUAUGUCUUCACGGUGAGGGCCGUCUAUGCAGGUGCCCUUGGAGAGUCAGCAGCCAUCAAGGGGAAAACAAUCACUAAUUUCCGGGUGAUAGAAGAAGGACUUUUUAGCUUGAAGGUGGCUUGGACACCUCCACUGGGCAAGCUGGAGGGCUACAAGAUCUACAUCCCCAGAGCCAACAGACCAGGAAUGACCUAUGAACAGGUUCUGCAGGGCGAUGUCUCUUCUCAUGUGCUGGAUAACUUGCAAGAGGAUCGGGAAUACACCAUCAGCAUCUACGCAGUGUAUCCCCAGGGGCCGAGCCAGCCCGUGGCUGCUGUGGGGAGAACAUUGAAGCUCCUGCCUGUGAAAAGCAUCUUGCUGCAGAAUGAAACCACCGACACACUUCAGGCAAGGUGGAGCCCCGUCCGAGGAGCAACGGGGUACAGGCUCACUUGGACAUCAGCAGAGGGCAGCAUCCAGGACAUCAACCUCAGCAACACCUACAGCUACUACAUGAUCCAGGGGCUGCAGCCCGGCACAGAGUACACUGUCACCAUCAACCCCAUCUUUGGGGAUGUCGAGGGGCCAGUGGUGAGCAGUAAAGCAACGACAGUGGCAUCAAGCACUGUCCAGAUGCUAAAAGUGAGUGAGAUUUCCAUCAACGGCGCUCUGGUCUCCUGGGACUCAGUUGCUGGGGCCACCGGGUACCGGGUGACGUGGGGUCCUACACCAGAGUUCUUUGGCAAAGACCGUCCUCACCAGCUGGCCCUCAACAAGUCGAUCACAGCCUACCAGCUCCGCAACCUGGCCCAUGACACCGAGUAUGUGAUUUCCCUCUAUGUGCUCUUUGGCUCGGUGGAGGGACCAGGGAUCACAACCUCAGCCAGGACAUCUCCUCUUGGCUACGUCCCCAAUUUCAAGGUGAUGUCCUACACCAGCACAAGCCUGUCACUGGUGUGGAGUGCCACAGCAGCUGCCACCAAAUUCAAAGUCACCUGGAGUCCUGUGGGGGCAGGCAAAGAAAAACAGGCUGCCAGGACUCAGUACCUGGGCAGUAGGGUGCUGUCUUACCAGAUUGACCAUUUGCUGCCUGACACCUUGUAUAAAGUCAGUGUUCGGGCUGUCUUCAGCAAGACCGAGGGGCCGGAGGUGACUCUGACUCACCGCACAGGUGGCUUGGAAACCUCCCAGGUGGUUCCAGCAGAGACAGUCUCCUUCACGAUCCCCAAACUGAAGGGGAGCACCACCUACACCAUCUGCAUGUCUGCAAUGAUCGGGGGACGGGAGGGAAGCCCCACGCUCCUCACAGCUAAAACCU